AUGCCGGCAACAGGAAAUGCGCUACCAGAAAGUGGGGAGAUCGUGGAGGAUGACGUCGCCUUGGCCGACUUGCGCGCGUCCUUGAAACAACUGCUGCAGGAGAACAAGCAUCUGAAAGCAGAGGUGGAGGAUGUACGCAGACUGAACAGCUGGGCAGCCGAGCUUCUUGAUCCCGCCCCUGACCUCAUCGAUGCGGAGCCAACCGUGAUUCCAGAUCAACCGAUGGCCCCACCCUCCCCCACCCCUGCUCAGCCCCGUCCAAUCCUCAAGCGUGUCAGGCAGACUUGA